AUAACCGAAGUCGUAGGAUUUCCGGAUGUGUUCCUGAACGCAUCACGGUUGGCAGGACGCAGUUGUGUCUGAACGGAGCCUCUCCCUCCUCUCCGUGCUUUCGCAGCUCCGGUGUUCAGGCUCAGUUCUUUAACCCGGGAGGCACAGCGACCUGGGUCUCGGGAAAUAGCAGCGGCGCUUAGUUACUUAGGGAAAGUCCUCAUCAUUGUUGUCGGUCUUAGACUCAAACAUGGACGGUAAACUCUGAAGAGCGUACACAUCUUCUUCACUGAGGAUUUUGGACGAACUCACCUGCCCAAUCUAAACUAAACCUGGACACAAAACCAGACGAAACGUCCACGAGCGAUUGAGAUUCUCAGCAGCCAAAGCCCACCAAGGUCAUUCUCAUGCUAUGACCACUAACAUGGUCCGGUCAGUGAUGUUGGCAGUCCUGAUCCACAUAGUCCUAGUGUCUCAUGGUGCUCAGUCUUUGGAGCCGGAGGAGGGAGCCUCUCUCUACUCUCGUGCCCUGAACCUCCCAUGGCAGGAUAAGCUGUGCUGUGACUCACCUUCAGCCCACCUUACUGUGGAGGGAGACACGUAUGCACUGGAGACAAACCGCUCGGAAUCAAACCUCCUACACUCUCCCUUGUGCAGCUUCAGGAACUCAACAACCGAGUCACAUCCUCGUGAGCCCUCUGGCGGCACCUGUUUGAACUUACUGUGCAGAAUUGAUGAAAAUUGGGGAAAUUUAACAUGUGACCUUCAGUCUCUCGGUCCACCAUCUACCACCCUGGAUCCUGGUCCUAUGGCAGUUAGUUUACAGCGUCUGGUUUCCCAGAAAUAUGACACAGAGCUGAAGGAUGGGAAUACUGCACCUGAUAAUCCUGUUGUCUGUGAGGCAGAGGAUUUCUGUAUGUGUUCAGUUGCUCUUGACACUACAGCAAGCUUUGUCAUCAUGGUAACUGUCAGCAUCUCUGAUGCCGUUGCUCCGCCGGUUCUUCUCAGGAUUCCUGCCCGACCUGUGAAACCACAUCCUCCAGUCAACCUGUCACAUAUCCAGACCAUUGAGGCAGAACUAAUUCUACAAUGGGACGACCCGCCAGACUAUGAUACCGGUCCACUGAGAUACGAAGUCCGACACACUUCCAAUACCACUCAUCCGGCCUGGCAGGUGGUAUCGGCUCCUGGAGAGCCCAGGUUGUUUCUGGAGCUCAAACCCAGAUUGAACUACAUCACCCAGGUUCGCUGCUCCGGCCUGGAGAAGCCUCCUCUGUGGAGCGAAUGGAGUGAACCUUACCGCAUCCACCUGGACGAGGUGAGCUACAUCCCUGAGGAAGUGGUGGCGCGACCGGGUGAGAACGUAACGGUGUAUUGCGUGUUCAACGACCACAGCAUCAACGCCAGCAUGGCCAUGUGGGUGCUCAACUUCCAACAGCAGCUUCAUCCCAGUCAGUACCACGCAUUUAACCAAUGGGUCAGCCAGAUCACAUUGCGUCCUUCAGAGACUCGGUACGACCUGUACGACCUGCUGCGGUGCACUCAGGAGUGGACCAUCCCAUACAGCCAGAUCUAUGUAGAAGGAGCCUCUAUCGACAUAAGCUGUGAAACCAAUGGUAAUAUUGAUGCAAUGAAGUGCAGCUGGAACAACACAAAGUGGAGUAAACAUGAAUUCAGAUCCAGGUGGGCUGACCUGCCAUGCGAUAGGAUGGAGGAGAGGGAACGAGCGGGUGUGAAAGUGGGGGAGACGGGGCCCGCUUGCGUGCUGGACAGGUCCAAGCAGAAAACUUACUGCACCAUCCAGCCUUUGAGGAUGAACUGCUACAAGCUGUGGCUUGAGUUGCCAUCCCCACUGGGCCCCGUCAGGUCUAAACCCAUCUACCUGUCGCCCAUAGAUCAUGUGAAACCCCACGCACCCACUAAUGUAAAGGCAGUGAGCCAAAUCAAUGGAGUCCUGUAUGUUACAUGGGAGCCUCCGUGUCUGCCAACCGAAGGGCUCCAGUGUCAGUUUCAGUACCACUCAACCUCAGCUGUGAGAGAGUGGAAGGUCCAAAGUCCAGUGCGGGUGCGCUGGGCAAAGGCUGCAGUGUCGGUCGUGUGCCGGGAGUAUGUGGUCCAAGUACGCUGCAUGCACACCAACGGUAAAGGCUACUGGAGCGAAUGGAGCGAUUCGGUCUACUCAACGCCUCAGAACAGCAGAGCUCCAGAGCGUGGCCCUGAUUUCUGGAGAAUCCUUCAAGAUGCUCCAUACAGAAACCGGACUAAUGUCACUCUGCUAUUAGAGCAUCUGCAAAUAUCAGGGCGCUCGUACUGUGUUGAUGGAUUUAUAGUCCAGUACAAGGCCUUGAGUGGCUCUGUGGUAAGGGAGAAGAUCGGGCGGGUGUCAUCCUACACCUUUGAGUGGAACCUGUUGCCCCAAACUGUGACUGUGGAGGCCUACAAUAAUAUGGGAAGGUCCACUAACAACAUCAACAUGACACUGGAGAUACAGCCCAAACGCCACUGUGUGCAUUCGUUCAGUGUGUUGGUUGUCAACAGCACCUGUGUGUCUCUGUCUUGGAGUCUGUUGGACAACAGCUAUGUGCCUCUGUUCAUGGUGGUCCAGUGGUCUCCCCAGAGGCAACGGGACUCUGAUUAUCACAAUGGCAGGAGUGUAGAAACAUGGGCCAGACUGCCCUACACUGACUCCCCUAUCUAUCUGAGAGGUGAUUUCUUAGGCUCCGAGGAGUGUGGCUUUUACUUGUACCCUGUGUUUCCUGAUGGUGAAGGGGAGCCAAUGUAUGCCAUAGCCACCAGAGGAGACCCUGCAGCCUACAUGAUGCUGAUCAUCAUCUCCUUCCUCUUCAUCGUCUUGUUCGUCACCCUGAUCCUCUACCAAAACCAGAUGAAAAGGUUUGUGUGGAAGGAUGUUCCCAACCCAAACAAGUGUUCCUGGGCCAAAGGACUAGAUUUCAAACAGGCUGACACCUUUGACCACCUGUUCAUACCUCGAGAGGGCCUUUCAGCCUGGCCCCUGCUGCUGCCAUCCGAGAACAUUUCCAAAGUCGUCAUAGGGGACAAGAUCAACCUCGCAGCUCUGACUACAGCUUUAGUCCAAGCCCCACUUGUGUCGCUAACUCCUGACCCAGCCACUGCCUUAUCUAUCUCUAUUCCUUCAGGGUUUAACUCAGAGGUCAACCGAGACCAACCCAUGGAGAGUGAGGUACUCCAAGGUAGAGCUUCCUUAGCCCUUAAUCUGCAUGCACCAACCAGUUCACUCCCAAGAAUAGAUCUGUUACCGCUAGUCGAUCCUGCAGGAGACCAGCCUCCAGACGCCACUGAGAGCUCUGCUCAGUCUUCAGUCACAUAUGCGACUGUGCUGCUGUCUGGUCUGAAGCAGGAGGUGCAGCCCAUUCAUCUCCACUACAAGGAUGGUAGCGGCAACAGCUCCAGCGACGAGGGCAAUUUCUCUGCCAACAACUCAGACAUUUCUGGAUCUUUCCCAUACGGCCUGUGGGAGCUGGAUAGCUGCCGAGGCGGAGGGAUAGACGACCCGCGGCGCUCCUGCUCCUACAACUCUGUGGAGGAGCUUUCUGAAACAUCAGAGCAAGAAGAAGAACACAAGACGAGAGAAGGGAAGAACUUGUAUUAUCUAGGAAUGAACUGUCCAGCGGAGGAUGAGGAGAGCGAGGAAGACGAGGAGCAGAGAAAAGAGGAGACCAAAAUUGGGCUGCUUAAAAAUGUAGUUUUGAACUUAGAGGACUGUUCUGUGGAGUCGCACCCUUUGCUCGGCCCUGAGGACUCGAGCAAGCUGCUGUCAGCGGCAACACAUAGCUUUUCUUUGCCAUACCUUCCUCAGUUCAGAACGGCUCCGUCCACGAGGCAACUCACAGCUCAGCCACAAGACGGCAAACCCCAGCCGUGACUCUAUACAGAUUGCAUUAAAAUUAAAUAUGCACCUUUACAUCCGUCGUGUCAUCGCCAGCAUCAUGAUUCAGCGUUUACCAAAAUGGAUUUGCAUGCAGUGGAUGUUGCUAAAAACUUUGAGAGUUGUGGAGCUAAAAAAAAACAGAAAUCUACCUUGACUGCGUGAUUGGGAAUUGAUAUUAAUCAAUGCUGCUAUUGUGUUCUCUGUGAGAAAAGACGUCAAGGGGGCACCGGCCACAGUUAUGACCUUUCUUUCUUUCUUUAUGGGGCUUUGAAACCCUGCUUCUACUGUGCCACACUGCUUCUCUGCACUCAGUUCCUGAUGCAGGACUACCUGCUGAGUAAAAAUGAACUCUUUUAUUGGAGGUUAGGCUAGUAAAAAAAUGUACAGUUCUCACAGAGAACAGCAGACAAACUCUAAGCAGUACUCUGGUAAUCAGGAAGAGAGUAAUGGAAGUUCUAGUCAUCUUUUGGCCUUAAACAUCCUAAACAUACAGCAUAAUUCCCAGGUGGUUCCACAUGUUGUGUGUGUACUGUACAUCUACUCAUCUGCUGCUUCCGUAAUGUGACAUGACUUUCAUUCUCUGACGCUGAAUCAUUUCAACUGCAUUUAAAGUGGAACAUGUAAGAGGUUGAAUUACCCAUAAUUUGGACAGUUUGGAUUUUCCUAUAAGCACAUAAGACUGUGAAGUAA